UGUUUUCCUGGUGGGUUUAAAAUUAAACCAUGCUGGUAUAAGGAGCACUCUGAAUGAUCGAGAUCAAAAUGGAUAAUAAAAUUUGCUCUUUACGUAUUGUAUUUAUUCAUUUUUUGCUUUCUAUCCCGAUAUCGUUUUCUUCUGGCGACAAUAUCUGUGGCUACAAUGCUGAGGGCAAGUCUGUGUGCUGUGCUUAUCAUUACAAACUUAGUGGAGAAUGCAUAAAAUGCCCUUUGGGAUCAACUGGACUACGAUGUGAUAGACGAUGUCAGUUUCCGAAAUAUGGUGAGCUCUGUUUGCAGACAUGCAACUGUUCUCGGAACCUUUGUCAUUUUGCUUUUGGAUGCUUCGAUACGGUUGCAAAAUUGUCAACAUCAGGACCAGAGCUCACUCAACACUUAAGCAAAUCAACAAAUGCAAGAAACGUAAUGCAGAAUUCAACAUUUAAUGUGAAUACAACUUUUAGGAAUGAAAUUAAAAUAAAAAGUGAUGACCAUGAGCCAUCAAUGAAAACGCUCAUUGUGAUUAUCGUUAGUAUCGGAACAGUAUUAAUUAUACUUUUAUUAGCAAUACUUAUUCAGAAACAAUUACAUAUAUAUCACAAUGUUAGACGUAAGAAAGACAUUGCCGAUGUCACAGAUGAUAUUCUGGAUUAUUAUGAAAUCAAUAGCCCAAAUACAAGGGAAAAUGACCAAGCAUAUUACACGCAUCUUCAAAGCAACAACAGGGUGCAUGAACUGGAGUUGUCUGCAGAGUUCAAUAGCAGUGUCCCUACUCCACACAAUGAGUCUUCCAGAUACGAAUACUUUGAGAGGGAAAACUCCGUAUCUUCAAAAUCAUCAUCAGCGUACACAGAAAUAAUGACAUAGUAUAUUUGAGUACAUUUCACGUGUUUGCAUUUUGGGUAUAGGAAACUCCUCGUUCUUAUGAUUCAAAACAUAUGAGGUUGCACGGUAUAUACUAGAAUUGUUUAAAUUAUGUUUCUUUUAUCUCUCUUUCCUUUAUAAGAUUGUUGAAAGUUAGUGUAGUUAAAACCCACGUAUUUUCAAAAAUUCUUAUCACACAUAUUUACAGUCCUUAAUUAAAAGUUAACCAGAAUCUCACUUAUAUGUCCACACUUAUCGCAAAAGCGAGGGAACAUGAAUUUUCAUCUGUCAGUCUGUCUGUUAGUCUGUCAGAAACAUUUUAACCUUGGUCAUAUCUCUUGAUGAUCAUAAUA